AUAAACCCAUCAAUCCUUAUUAUUCUCCUAACAACCCUUAUCCUGAGUACAAUAAUAGUAAUUACCAGCUCUCACUGACUACUAGCCUGAAUCGGCUUUGAAAUAAACAUAAUAGCCUUCAUCCCUAUUAUAAUAAAAAACCCUAGUCCCCGAGCCACAGAAGCCUCCACUAAAUAUCUUCUAACACAAGCCACUGCCUCCGCACUGCUCAUAAUAGCAAUCAUUAUUAACUUAAUAUACUCCGGCCAAUGAACCGUCACAAAACUAUUCAACCCAACAGCAUCCACACUCAUAACUGUAGCCCUAGCUAUCAAACUAGGACUAGCUCCUUUCCACUUCUGAGUCCCAGAAGUAACACAAGGCAUCCCCCUAGUCACAGGCCUAAUCCUAUUAACAUGACAAAAGCUCGCACCUCUGUCAAUCCUAUACCAAAUCUCACCAUCAAUUAAUUUACACCUAAUACUAACCAUAUCCUUACUCUCCAUUUUAAUUGGGGGCUGAGGUGGACUAAACCAAACACAACUUCGAAAAAUCAUAGCCUACUCAUCAAUCGCCCACAUAGGAUGGAUAACAACCAUUCUACUAUACAGUCCAACCCUAACACUAUUAAACUUGUUGAUUUACAUUACAAUAACCUUCACCAUAUUCAUAUUAUUUAUCCAAAACUCAACCACCACCACACUAUCACUAUCCCAAACAUGAAACAAAAUACCCGUUAUCACUACCCUUACCAUACUUACCCUACUCUCAAUAGGAGGACUCCCACCACUAUCAGGAUUUAUGCCCAAGUGAAUGAUCAUCCAAGAACUAACAAAAAACGAAAUCCUUAUUAUGCCAACAUUCAUGGCCAUCACAGCACUACUUAACCUAUACUUCUACAUACGCCUCACCUACUCCACAGCACUAACACUAUUUCCUUCCAUAAAUAAUAUAAAAAUAAAAUGACAAUUCGACUCCACAAAACAAACCAUUCUCCUACCAACAGCAAUCGUAAUAUCCACAAUACUACUACCCCUCACACCAAUACUCUCAACCCUACUGUAG